CCUUGGGUUGAUCUGUGUCUCAAGUUGGGCAACUCGCUGGGUCUCCCCCAACAUCUGGUUUCUGCACCCUCUUCGAUCCUUCUAGGGUUAGGGUUUGGUUCCCUCUUCGCUUCGUUUCAAUCCCUGCAAGAGCGUGAGGCGCCUCCCGAGAAACGCCAUGGGAGGUGACAGUGCCGUUGAGGAAUCCGAAGCAGUCGACGUCAACAUCAACGUUCGCUGUUCCAACGGUUCCAAGUUUUCCGUUCAGAUUACCGUUGAUUCCACCGUCGCUUCCUUCAAGGAUCUCGUCGCUCGCAACUGCGACAUCCCCGCCGAACAACAGCGUCUCAUUUACAAGGGUCGCAUCUUGAAGGACGAUCAAACUCUCCGAAGCUACGGUUUGGAGGCAGAUCAUACUGUCCAUUUGGUUCGUGGCUUUGCAUCUGCCAAUACAACUGGUGGGACCAAUACUAGUAGCAACAAUACCAAUACCACAACAAAUAAUGCCCGAGGUGCUGGUGUGAAUGAAGGUGGGGGUUUAGGAGGGCCUGGUGUUGGUGUUGGAGCUUCACUAUUCCCUGGACUUGGUAUCAAUGGGACUGGGGGCAAUGGUUUAUUUGGCGAGGGAUUUCCUGAUCUUGAACAGAUGCAGCAACCAUUUAUUUCAAAUCCCAAUUUAGUGAGAGAAAUAAUGAAUUCACCUGCCAUGCAGAAUCUAAUAAAUAAUCCAGAGGUAGUGCGGAAUCUUAUAAUGAAUAAUCCACAGAUGCAAGAGCUCAUGGAUCGAAACCCCGAGCUAGCACACAUUCUUAAUGAUCCCAGCACUCUCCGCCAGACCCUUGAAGCUACAAGGAACCCUGAGAUCAUGCGUGAAAUGAUGAGAAAUACAGACAGAGCAAUGAGCAACAUUGAAUCUUCUCCUGAGGGAUUCAACAUGCUGAGGCGCAUGUAUGAAAAUAUUCAAGAACCAUUUUUGAAUGCCACCACGAUGGCUGGUAAUACAGGACAUAAUAAUGCAGCAAUUUCAGGGACUCAUGGUGUCCAUGCCAGGGAUCAAUCAAAUAAUCCCUCAACCACUAGUUCUGAGGCAACUGCUGGUUCUCCGUUGCCCAAUACUAAUCCACUUCCAAAUCCUUGGUCCUCAACUGGAACUGGAGGUGCUCAAAGUCAAAAUAACACCAGAAGGUCAUCAACCACUGGUGGGGAUGCUAGGCAGCAAGGACCUACUGGCUUGGGAGGGCUUGGUCUGCCAGACCUUGAAAGCAUGCUGGGUGGAAGUGCUAUGCCAGAUGCUGCUUUAUUGACCCAGUUAAUGCAAAAUCCAGCUAUCUCACAAAUGAUGCAAAGUAUGCUUUCCAACCCACAAACUUUGAAUCAGAUUCUUGGUGUUAAUUCUGAGCAGCGCGGCAUGCCGGAUUUAAAUUCUCUUAGAGAAGUAAUGCAAAAUCCAGAAUUUCUUCGUUUGUUUUCUUCACCCGAGACACUGCAGUUUCAUAAUUCCUUGCUUUCAGUUGAUAUUCUCACAACUCUGCCUUAUUGCACAAUGACAGCAACUUUUGUCUUUCCAGCAAGCUCUUAUGUCUCAGCUUGGUCAGCAACAAUCGACACGGGAAUCUGGUCAAACUGGCGGGGGCACUGGACCAAUGAACAACUUGGGAUUGGAGAUGUUAUCGAGCAUGUUUGGUGGACUUGGGUCUGGUAGCCUUGCUGUUCCUAAUAGAUCAAAUGAGCCACCGGAGCAAUUGUAUGCCACCCAACUUUCACAGCUUCAAGAAAUGGGAUUCUUUGACACACAGGAGAACAUAAGGGCUCUCAUUGCCACUUCGGGGAAUGUUCAUGCAGCAGUUGAACGACUAUUGGGGAACUCUGGUCAGUAGCAGACAAUGUUGGCAAUUUCCUUUUGGUCAAGUUCACUUAUGUUGAUUUCCGUGGUUGAUCACUUUGAAAUCAGUAGUGUUCAGGCGCCUUGUUGGGUAUUUGAAUAAAAUCAGAAAUCUGUCCAAAUUGUAGUGGUCAGAGCUGAAAUGGUGUAGGUUAUAUACAUUGGACUGUGAUUGUUCCUUCUAGUGGUCCAAUUUCUUCAUGUACAUACUUAUAUUGAAACUAGUUUUAGACGCAGCAGGAGAGCUUUAACAUUUUGAAAUGAAUUGAUUUUUUGUUUGGAUGAAUGCUUAAUAACUCCAUAAUUACUGAUUUGGCCGGUGGAAGGGGAUGUGAGACUUAUCUGUUAAAAUAUAAAAUGGUAGAGGUAAUAUGAACUACCAAAUUGAUUGAUUUA